AUGACACGUGCUUGUGUUCCAAGUAUGUCAGCACAAACAUCGAAUAGUAGUCAUCAUACACAUAGUAAUAAUGGUGUUGAUAUAUCAUCAGUUACAUUAUCUAAUUCAAUGUCAUUUUAUAAACUUAUUGAAGAAUCACGUUGGCUUUAUCAAUUACAAAAAAUUUUAAUGGUUUGUGUAUAUAUCGUACAAUUUAUUGAAGAUCAUGCAUCAUCAGUAAUGAUUUGUGUUGAAGAUGGUUGGGAUACAGCUGCACAACUUGUUUCAAUAAGUGAAUUAUUACUUGAUCCAUAUUAUCGAACAUUUGAAGGUUUUCAAACAUUAAUUGAACGUGAAUGGUUUGCAUUUGGACAUCGUUUUUCACAUCGAUCAAAUCAAACAGCAACAAAUAAAACUGGUUUUGCACCUGUUUUUCUUCAAUUUCUUGAUCUUGUUCAUCAAAUUUGGAAUCAAUAUCCAAGUGAAUUUGAAUUUAAUCAAUAUUAUCUUCGUUUUCUUGCAUAUCAUCAUUUAUCAAAUCGUUUUAAAAAUUUUAUGCUUGAUUGUGAUUGUGAACGUAAAAAAGAUCGUAAUUGGUAUGUUGAUACAACUCGUGAUUCAUUAACAGAUGAUAUUACUGGUUUAUAUCGUUGUAAUACAAUAAAUAUUUGGGAUUAUAUAACAAAAGUUAAUCGAGAAUCAGCAAGAUUUUAUAAUUUUCUUUAUUCAUCAUCGAAUGAUUGUUGUGUUCUUCGUCCAUCAUAUAAAAUGUAUUCACUUGAUAUAUGGGAUUUUUAUUUAAGUGAAACAUUAGAAACAGGUUGUCCAUAUGAUCUUGAUAUAGCAUUAGCUGAACAUGAUGAACAUUUAAAUGAUGCUGAAUUAAAACAACGUACAAAAUGUAUAUCAGCUAUUUAUGAUGAUAUUAGUAUUUGUUUACCAGAUUUUUUUAAUGAUAUUGUUUCUGAAAUGUCUAAUACAUUACAAUAUACAAAUACUGAAUCAUGGAAAGUUUAUUGGGAUAAAAUUGAAAAACCUGAACGAGAAAAAGUACAGCGUCUAUCAAUGCAAGAUGAAGCAUAUAAACGAAUAAAUUCACAUCAAAAUUAUCUUCAACCACAACGAUCAUUAUCAUCAUCAAUUUCAUCAUCACGUACAUCAUCAAUGUAUGGUUCUCAUGCAUAUGAAUUUAAACAAUUUACAACACCACAAAUUUGUGAUGCUUGUGAUGAAUUAAUUGAUUCAAAAAAAUUACCAAAUGAAGGAAUACGAGCACUUCAAUGUCGUGAUUGUUUAAAUGUUUGUCAUGAAAAAUGUCGACCAAUAGCAUCAUGUAAACCAUGUCGACGAAUUGGUCUUAGUGGAACAUCAGAUUCUCAAAUUGUUGUUAAUUCAACUCGAUUUGAAACAGGAAGUGUUACAGGUGUUUAUGAUCAUCAUGGUUUAUCACAUCCAUUUUCAUCAUCAAGUGUAACAGGAAAUAAUUCAGGUCCACAACAUCGAACACAUGAAGGUUAUUUAAGAAAACGUGGUCAUUUAUUAAAACAAUGGAAAGAACGAUGGUUUGUACUUGAUUCUGUACGACAUGAGCUUCGAUAUUAUGAUAGUAGUGAUGAUCAAACAGCAAAAGGUGUUAUUCUUUUAGCUGAUGCUGUAGAAAUUCUUCCUUAUACUGGUCCAUUUCCAAAUGCAUUAAGACGAUUUGAUAGUCGAGCUGCUUUUGAAUUACAUACAAAUCGUCGUAUUUAUAAUUUUAUAGCUGCAACACCUCAAGAUGCUCAAACAUGGACGGAAAAAAUUAAAUCUUGUCUUCUAGAUUCUUAG